AUGCACAUAGGAUGGUCUACAAACUUAUUAUUCUUUCUGAGCUUGUUUUUCAGUCAAGUUCUGGCGACCUCGGAACGAUUUGACGAAGAGUUGACGUUACGUCCUCUGCGGGAUGGAAAGCUGGCCGCUAGAUUCUCUUUCACGACAUUACUGAAGGGUGCUACUCCAAGAAAUCCGGAGAGUCUCGCAAGUGAUGACGAAUCACAGCAUUAUACUUUAUUCCCUCUUGCUCUGGGUCAGAUUCUCCGCGAAUAUGCAGUCACGGAGCUGCAUCUGUCGCUGAACGCGGGGAACUGGAACUAUGAUACAUGGGGCUAUCCUGACAAGCCCGGUGUGGGUACCGGGGCAGAGCUCUGGGUGUGGAUGGGGGAUGGUGCUCCCAUAUCUGUUGACGACCGAUGGCAAGGUCUGCGUAAUGCUCUUGCCGGACUCUUCUGUGCCUCACUGGGUUCACUGGAUGAGCAGCGCACCACGUCACCUACUCUAUCGUUCCAACCUGAAGGGUCACUACCAGAUUGGAAAGCCCCUCACCAGUUACGCCACGCCACGCUACCAUCGGAGCAUGUCUGCACCGAAAAUCUUACACCAUUCCUCAAAUUGCUCCCUUGCAAAUCGCUCUCAGGCAUCGCGCGUCUCCUCAAUCCCCAUCGCCUCUUUGAUGCGGACUGGCAUGGAUUGGGCGUCAACGUCAGGUAUCAUCAAAAUGCCGGUGUGGAAGUGAGACUAACCUUUCAGGCCGUCUUCGAUCCCGUCCGGUUAUCCCCCAACAAGCGUAGAGACUGGUCACUCGACUCGAUAUUUGACCGCACAAUUGAUAGAGCGUGCCCGGUUGCACACUCAAGUGAGGUCCGAGUGGAGCUACCUGGGGAGAAAUUGUACACGCUCUCCCCUGACCCGUCCGUAAUUAUAGAGGACCUCGCGAUAUUUGUGGUGAAAGAUACACAGGACGCGCUGGACAUCGCAAUGGAAUGGCCUGGAGAAGCGACGUUUUCCUAUCCCUUGUUUGCCGCCGCCGAACCUCUCACACAUAUGUCCGUGCAGCGCACUCUCAAGGGCUCGAGCCAGUCAGACGCCCGGCUCUCGCUCGUGAUCACCAACAACCUCCCAGUGCAGGUCCAAACAGGCUAUCUCGAGACGAUGCCUUGGCUCGCACAGUUCUAUCUCCAUACCCUUCGCGUUCGCAGCGAUGGUGUCUCGCGUGACGAUCUCGUAACGAUCAUCUCGUACGCUGCACCUGUCCCGCACGCCCGGCCCACCCUCUUCCAAGCUGCACUGACAUUGCCGCCGAAGAGUACGUUGGAAGUUACGAUGGACGUUUUGAAGCCAUUCUUGCGAUACACCGAACAUCCACCCGAUGCACUGCGUGGCUGGGAUCUCCCUCCAGCAGUUCUUGGACCAUUUUCCUUCGGCAAUCUUUCAGAUGCAGAUUUGAAUAUUUCUGCCGCUGCGCUGACGACACUGCGACGGCAGCCGAGGCGGAUUUACACGUCAACAUUACUGGUCGACCUCGCCACGCCAGACUUCAGUAUGCCGUACAAUGUCAUCAUCAUAAGCUGCACGCUCAUCGCGCUGAUAUUCGGGAGUGUGUUCAAUUUGCUGACGCGCAAAUUCGUGGUGGUGUCUGUAGAGAACGAGAGCGGUGCCGGGAAGUCGGAUCUAUCGUAG